UCAGACAGGAACCAGUGAAGGGAGCUUGACAAAUCAAGAUGGCGACCUACGUUGCAGCAGGAAAGAGGUUUCAGUAUAAAUAAAACUCGUCCGGACUCGUCCAGUGUAAAUUGGAGUGCCGCCGAAGUGAGACGUCGUUUGGAUUUUGAACGGACAGGACGGAGCAGAUACUGAGACUCUAAAUGGCUGCGAGGAAGUCUGGAACAGAUGCAUACAACAAUGGACCCAUCAGCUACCUUGAAGACGUUCCCUUCAAGAUAAAUGAUAAAUUCCGCUGUCCAGCCAAAGUGGGGCUGCCUGUUGGUUUCUGUCUGCCAGACUGUGGCGCUUUACUCUCGGACACACAGUAUGACUUUACUCUGGAGAGGCGUAGUGUGCAAUGGGGGGCAGAACUGGCUGAGGCCAGAGCUGCAGAGGCCAGAACAGCAGAGGCAGCAGCCAAGCACGAGGCAGAGUGCAGGGAGCAGGCCCAGGACAUUGACGGUGGGAAAUCCCGGUCUGCCGCUGAUGACCAGGACCUUCUACCGCCAGCUCUGAACCCUGUUCUGGCAGGACUGAGCCAUAACGCCAUCCUCACUCCACUGCCUGCCCCAAGCCUUGGCCCCAGGAAAACACAGCCUAGCACUCCUCAGCCGCACAGCCUCAAUCUAGCCGACUUUGAGCGGGAAGAGGACCCCUUUGACAAGUUGGAACUCAAAACUUUGGACGAUAAGGAGGAGUUAAGGAGCAUCCUCCAGAGCCAGCCCCAGCCCCAGCCCCAGCCCCAACCCCAGCCCCAGCCUCAGCCUCCCCCUCCCCCUUCAGUAUCCCCGCCAGAGGCCUCUCAGCAAGGGUCAUCAUCACGUGGAAACAGCCCGUCUCCUCCCAGCACCAACACCAGCCUCUCAGCCAAACCAGGCUUCACUCACAAACCCAAUGGGUUGGUCGCCUUGCUGGACAUGGACAGAAUCGGUCAUCCAGGGAGAGCGGGGUUUGACACGGAUGAUCGACCCUGUAACAUCCGCUCGCUGUCUUUUCCCAAGCUCUCUGAUUCCUGUGACUCAGAGCCAGUAAGGUACAGUCCACUCCCUGCACACAUUCCUGCUACUCGACAGAACCUACCUAACGGCAGCCCGCAGAUGCCACCCAAGACCCAAGUUAUUGUUGCCCCUGAGCCACCCAACUACAACAAGAGUGUCACUCCAAAGCCGGCCAACCCAGGGUCGGGAACUGCCGGCCUGCCGUGUGGCGGAGCCCUUCUCAGCAUGACGCCCAGCGAGCGACAGUGUGUGGAAACACUUGUGGGCAUGGGCUAUUCCUACGAGGGUGUCCUACGAGCCAUGCAAAGACAAGGGCAGAACGUGGAGCAGGUACUGGACUACCUGUUUGUCCAUGGUCGUCUAUGUGAGCGGGGCUUUGAUGCAAGUGCAGUGGAGGAAUGUUUGGAGAUGUACCAGUGCUCAGAGGAAAAGGCGUUGCAGUUUCUUGAGCUGAUGUCAAGAUUUGGCGAAAUGGGAUUUGAGCGGGAUGCCAUCAAAGAGGUGCUGCUGGUCCACAACAACGAUCAGGACAAGGCUCUGGAGGACCUGAUGGCUCGCGCCACGGCCAGCUGAGCCGAGCCCCUCGGCUCACCUAAGCUUCGCGCAGGGGCAAGCCUCCCGCCACCACCCAACAGCCCCCUUCCUUCUGCCUACCCUAUCACACCAUGCCCUUUCCUUGCCUUGGCUGUGGAAGGGACAACUGGGAGACUGUUGUCUUUCUCUCCGUGCUAAAACGUAUUGUGUCUCAGCACUUCUUAAAAAACUGCGUGCCUCGAGUGGAGGGGGUUAAACUGUAACAAUACUUAAUGGUGGUUUUAGGUUCAAGGAUUUGGUACUGUUAGGCUAUUCGUGAAUAAGGGGGAUGACUGCGCUGGGAAUGAAAAUCUGAAUUUGGCGGUGGCAUUUUUGAUGCCGUUCUGUGAUUUGCUUCCACGCGGAAGUCCUAAUUUGACUGCUGGCAAAACUGCAGAACAGAAUGGGGAGGAGCUGGCGACUGCUCUGAGUGCGUCACAAAAGGAUCAGUGUGGACUUUGGAAACAACCAAACAACCAAGCUGCCAUCUUCCACUGCUCACUGCAGACCGACCUAAUGGUGGAGGUGAUACGGGGGCCUUGAGGAGGCUCUCUGCAAACUGAACCCACCGAUGUUAAAGGUAAAAAAAAGAAAAAAAUAGAGAAAAAAAAAAGAGAAAAAUAAAGGCACAGUCGCCAGGCAGAGAACUGACUCUCAAGAAGUGCCCUCUGUGCUGGGGUGCCCUGCACCUGUUUUUGUUCCACAUUAUGCUUUCAUUCAUUCAUGUCUGUUUUUCUGUUCAGUGUGGGCACUUUUUUUUUUUUCCUAUGGCAGUUUAAAUAUUCAGUUUCUUUGCUUUCUGUUUUAGGAAUUGCAUAACAAAUCAUUAGUCCGUAUAACUCAGAACAUGAGAGCAGUACGCUCUUCAACCUGCACUGGAAUUGCCUGCAAAUGGAGUGGGGAGACAUGGUUGAACGUUACUCUUUAGGAAAUGUAAAAAUAUGACCUAUGACCCAUUGGCACUAACGUGUCACGUACUGCACAGGCACACAUAUUUCAUAAUUAUCAACUUAUUUAAAAUAUUACACUGACACUUUGAUUUAAAGAAUAAAGAGUUUGAUAUGAUGAUGUAAGAUAUGCUAACUUACAAACGCUUUUUAACUGUCACAAACCUUUGUUUGCAGACUGGGAAAGAGUGGUUAAAAAAAAAACAAAAUGUAAGUGAGGGCUGUUCUGGCAGCCACAUCACAGUGCAAUAGAGAUAUUUCAUAUUGUGUGACUGUUGACUUGCACUUUGAGCCUCAAGUAAUUGGGAAAUAGUAGUUGGGAAAUAAGGAAUGAUCUUUAAGCCUUAUUGAAAAUUUGGACAUAACAAGGCCAAGUCUAAUCAAACUUUUCAAGUUUGAUUUGAUGUUCUUGAUUUUAGUUUGGUUGGCAAUCCCAGUUUCCAAUUUGAGGGGGGAAAAGAAAUAAUUAAAAAAGGUCAAAAACAUUUUCCAGUAUUUUGAUUGGGUGCAAUUGUUUAAAAGAAGGCCAGAAUCCGAUAUUUUUAUAGUAUGUGAUAAUGGACCUCCUGAGUUUUGUGUUUUAAAAAAAAUAGUGUCUUCUCAGUCGCACCGAGGGUAAAGAUGGGAGACAUUUUCACACUCUCAAGCUCUGUGAUUUUGAUGGGGAUUGUGAGAGGCACGGUAACAGGUUAAGGGCUUAAAGUUAGCAAAAUGUGACUCGGAGAUCUGGCACUGUGCUUGGGACAAGUCCAACACUUAGUCCUGUGUUUAAUUUCAAAGAAAAACCACCAUGUUGUUUUUGAGCCAACCAGUUAUAGGGUGUUUUAUUGCCAAUACGGUCAUCAUUUUACUAUCAUCCAUAAACCAUAGCAAGUUCACAUCACAUAUUGUCCUUGAGUCACAUCUUGCUAGUUGAAUUGCUGGUGCAGGCGAUUAACAUAUAAUGAGCAACAUGUCAUUUAGACCUAGUAAAUUUACUUCCGCCAGCGUUUUAAGUCAUGUGGUCGACAUGAUAAGUGUUUUCACUUAGUUCUUUUAAUUGCCUUUCUUUUUAUUUACCGCAAUAGAGAAGAAAGGUACACCUACCUAACAGACACAUAAGUGGUAUUAUUGUCUCCAUGCUUGACUCAAGUGUGGUUUUGUUAAUCAUAGAUAAAGCAAGUUGAUUUCUACUUGCCUCCUCUCUGACUUAUUACAGUAUAUAUAAAGUUCUGGAUCUCCUUUAUUUGAUGCCUCCCGCAAUUUCUGUUCUGAUCUUCGAGUUGUGCAGGGACGAAGCGCACCUACAUCCUCAUUAUUUAGGGGUUCAUCUUCAAGGGUUUAUAUCUGAGAUUUACAUCUAAGUCACUGCAUAGUGAAUCUAAUGAACAGUGAAAUAUUUUAUUAGUAUAAUAAAAGGUGGUUGAGCUGAGUGUUCUUUCCCGAGCUCUUAAAAUGUGAUUUGCAAAAUGUUCAGUUUCCUCUUGAAUUAUUUGGAAAAUUCACAUGAUUAAAUGUGCACAUCUUUUCA